AUGAGUCAAAACAAUUGGCAAAAAAAGUUUGUUAUCAGAGACUCGACGCUAACUGAAUUAUUUGGUCGGAUUCAAGAUAUGAGAUCAGCUUAUAAUCUUAUAUCUGCCAUUUUUACACUCAUUUUUGCCACAACUUUAUUACAUUAUGUGAUUGAUAACAAUGAAUUAUACGCUGACCUCCGAUGGCUUAACUGGUGUUUCAGUAAUAAUAAGUUUCAUUUAUUGGCUUUUGCUUGGCUUAAGAUGCAGAUGAGUGCUGUAUUGAUCUUAUAUCCAGUAUUAAGAAUAUGGUUGUGGAUAAAGGCUAACAAAAAGAUCAGCUCAGAUAUUCAUACAAUAAUUUUAGUAUUAAUUUCACUGUUAUAUCAAUCAUUUUUAUUCAUCUAUGGCUACAAAUUUGUUCAGAAAAAUUCAUUUUCAUGUGUUUGUCGAUUUGCUUUGCUUAUUGAACAAGUGAGAUUAUCAAUGAAAUCGCAUUCAUUUAUUAUUGAAAAUAGAUUCAGAAAUAUUGAAUACGGCAAAGAUAAAACUAGUCGUGAAGCGCCCACAUUAUCACAGUUGCUUUACUUUUUGAUAGCACCUACACUAUUAUAUCGGGAUAACUAUGCCAGGACCAGUAAAAUUCGGUGGCGUUUUGUUUUCUGGUACUUUUUCCAGGUUUUUCUCAUCAUAUUUGCUAUGUUUGCCAUUAGCUGGCGAUUUGUUGAACAUUAUUUCAAAUGGACGGGUGUUAAACCGUUUGAAACAAAACAGUUGAUUUACAUUUAUUUGAUGGCAUCGUUGGUCGGCAUUCAAUUGAAACUACUGUUAUUUUAUGGUAUGUUGCACUGUUGGCUCAACGGUUUUGCCGAAAUGUUGCGCUUCGGUGACCGAAAUUUCUACAAUGAUUGGUGGAAUUGUACCGAUUUUGUCACAUUUUAUCGCAAGUGGAACGGUGUGGUCCACGAGUGGCUCCGGGAGUAUAUUUUUAAGCCAACCCUAUAUUUAACAUCGGGUAAUAAGGGUGUGUCGGCACUGACUGUAUUUUUGGUGUCGGCUAUUAUUCACGAAUAUAUAUUGAGCGUAUCAUUUGGUUUUUUUCUACCGGUGCUUUUCUGUUCAUUUUUUAUAAUAGGAGUAAUGCUAUUUUUCAUCGGAAAAAUCAAGUUCAAGGUUUCGCAAAACAAGAGAUCUGCAAAAACAGAUUCACCGAAACAUAACUCAUCCGUCAAACAACAACAACAAGAAACUAAUGACAACUCAUUUUCAUUGGGAAAUAUGCUUAUGUUUAUGAGUUUGUGUCUGGGAUGGGGUUUAAUGUUAAUGUUGUAUAGUAUGGAAUCGUAUUCAAGAAUCAACUGUCCCUCCAAUGAUACAUCCCUUUCCAGUUAUCUAUGGCCACGUUUCUUGAGUUGUGUAAUCAUUAAUUAA